AACAACUCCUCCCAGCGGUACCUGACUAAUCUCAGAGACCUUCUCGAAUCUGGCUACCGACGAUACAACAAAGCCGAGAAGGCAUUCAAGAUCCCCAUUCCCAUCGGGGGCUAUGCCGUCAAGUACCGCGUCGUCCUGCCCAAAUCCCACAUCGAAGAGAUCAAGCACCUUUCCAAUCAUGUCUUCAGCUGGCAGCUCGCCUCGCGCAUCAUCUUCGCCCAGGACUAUACUGGCGCCCCCGACCGUGGCCAAUGGUUUGGAAAGGCCUUGCGAGUGGGCAUCCACCAGAACCUCGGCGACAUCACGAAGCAGCUCAACGAACGCAUUCUCGACUACUUCGGCUCGCAUCUGCCCCAACAAAAGGGCAACGUCGAGACGGUGAACCUCAUGGAACUUUUUAUCCCCACCAUCACCUACGUGACCAACGCAUUGCUCGUCGACAAGAGCCUCUCGUCGGAUCCGACCUGGCUUAAAGAGACGGCCGAUUUCGCCGUCAGCCGCUACGGUGCCGCCGACGACGUACGGCGGUGGCCUCCAUACCUCGCCUCGAUCGUGGCCCCGAUGAUCCCCUCGGUGCGCCGGCUGCGUAGGCAGCGCGAGUAUGUCAUGGAGCGGUUACGGCCGCUGUACAACGAGCUGAAGGCGGCUGGCGAGCUCGACGCGCACGACAAGAAAAGCCGGCAGAAGGGGGCCCUGGGCUACGAGUGGCUGUGGGGAGGCGCCCCGGACGACGUGACGCUGCGCGACUUCUCCGACACCAUGAUGCGCACCAUGAUCGCCGCCAUCCACACGACGGCCAAGACCAUCAGCGUUGCGCUGAUCGACCUCCUCACCCAGCCAGAGCUGCUGGCCGAGUUGAAGGAAGAGGUCGCCGAAGCUGUAUCGGCCGACGGCCGUUCGGUCGACAUUGAACGGUUGACCAAGCUCGACUGCUUCCUUAAGGAGUCUCAGCGCCUGAGUCCUGUAUUCCUGUUCACCCUGAACCGCAUCGUCACCCAAGACUACACGUUCAAGUGCUCGGGGCUCAAGCUCCCUAAGGGCACAAUGGUCACGGCGCCCGCCGCCGCCAUCGCGACUGACCCGGAGACCUUCCCGGAUCCUGAGGUUUUUGAUGGCCACCGGUACCGCCGGCUACGCGAGCAGAACAAGCACGGCGCCAGCGCCCUGGUGCUCGGCAUGUCAACCAUCGACUCACUCGGCUUUGGCUUGGGCAACCAGGCCUGCCCCGGCCGCUUCCUCGCCGUUAAUAACCUGAAGCUGAUGCUGGCCCGCCUGCUGGCGGGCUGGGAGCUC